AAGAGACAGUGUGAGCAGGAGACACUGAUAGGCGUUUAGCUCCAGCUGAAACAGGCGUGAGCUCAUUCCACUCCUCUCCUUUCUUCUCCUGUGUCGGAACGCAGCACAGAUCAUCAGUCACAAGGAGAGACUGACAGCUAUACACUGGACAGAUGGAGUUCACUGGAACUGAGGAGCUGACUGAUGGGGAGAAGGAAAUAAUCAACAGCGUUCUGGCCCGGGCCGAGCUAAUUGAAGCCAUGGAGCAAGAACGGAUUGGGCGUUUGGUCAAUCGGCUGGACACGAUAAAGAACAUGGCUUGUGGUGAUGGCUAUUCGCAAUGCCUGCUCUGUGGCCAGCAGUUUGGCGUGAUGGGGGUCAGCACAGUCAUGUGUGAUGACUGCAAGAAGCACAUGUGCACCAAGUGUGGUAUUCGCAGUAACAGUCGCUCCUGCUCUGUAUGGCUGUGCAAGAUAUGCAGUGAACACAAGGAGAUGUUAAAGCAGUCUGGUGCCUGGUUCUUCAAAGGGAUGCCACAGCAGACCUUGCCUGCACCUUUACCUAUUGCAAAGCCCAAACAGUUCAGCACUGUUGACACACCUGCUCCAACUGUACCAUCAUUCCAACAGUGCACAACUGCGCCUUCAUAUGUCCAGACACAGAAUGGAGCAGAAAUGAAGCCUCCUGAGCAAGACAAGCUGCCUGUCAGUGCUCAGAUCAGUCAAAUUCAAACUCAAUCGGGUGUGGUGAGACAGUCUAAUCUGACAGCAUGGAAAAAAGAAGAAUCUGUCAAGAGUGCCAGUCCUUUGCAGCCAUCUUACCCGAGCUCACUUAUUCAGAGAGGAGUCACUCAGAUGGACAGUAGGACAAUACCUUCUAUGCAGCCUCUAGUUGCAAAUAGCAUUAACACUCCAGCUACAGUCGAGGAGGUAGACGAUUAUGACUCUGAUGAUGCCACCACACUGGGGAUGUUAGAGUUUAGUCUGCUCUACGAGGAAGAAAACAACACUCUACACUGCAAUAUCAUCAGAGCUAAGGGUCUCAAGUCAAUGGACUCCAAUGGCCUUGCUGACCCAUAUGUCAAACUGCAUUUGCUUCCAGGUGCCAGCAAGUCUAGCAAGCUACGCACAAAGACUCUACGCAACACGUUGAAUCCAGCUUGGAAUGAGACGCUGGUCUACCACGGCAUCACCAAUGAGGACAUGCAGAGAAAAACCCUCAGAUUCUCUGUGAGCGAUGAAGACAAGUUUGGACAUAACGAGUUCAUUGGGGAAACGCGUGUUGUGCUGAAGAAGCUCAAGGCGAACCAGAAGAAGAACUUCAAUGUGUGCUUGGAGAGAGUUAUUCCGGUGAAGCGAACAGCUGCUGGAGGGGCAGUACGUGGUAUGGCAUUGUAUGAAGAGGAGAUAAAUGAGGGUGACGAUGCAGAGGAGAGAGGACGAAUUUUGGUGUCUCUUACCUACAACACCCAGCAAAGUCAUCUCAUUGUGGGAAUUGUCCGCUGUGCUCAUCUGGCUCCCAUGGAUGCCAACGGCUACUCUGACCCUUAUGUCAAGAUUUCCCUGAAACCCGACAUGGGGAAGAAGGCCAAGAAUAAAACACAGAUCAAGAAGAAGACCCUCAACCCUGAAUUUAAUGAGGAAUUCAGAUAUGAGAUCAAACACAGUGAACUAGCAAAGAAGACUUUGGAUAUUACCGUCUGGGAUUAUGACAUGGGAAAAGCCAAUGAUUUCAUAGGAGGCUGCCAGCUUGGUAUCACUGCCAAAGGAGAAUGCCUGAAGCAUUGGUACGAGUGCCUAAAGAACAAAGAUAAGAAGAUCGAACGCUGGCAUGUGCUGUUCAAUCAAAACAACAUUGAGGCUGAUGACUGAAAUAUAGCGAUCUCCAUACCCUAUUAGAUCUCACUUUGUGAUUCUGUCUUCCACUGUUCCUUUCUUCACUCUCUUAAAACUGCUCCUACUGUGCUAAUUAGCCUGACUUCAUGUCUAAUAGUGCACUUCUUGCUUCAUGCUCUUACAAUGAGCUAUUAUGUAAUUAGUGGUUUAGAUAAUCUUUAAACGUCUAACUGCAUUGAAUCUAAUCGACUAUUGCAACAGAUAGUGAGAAAAAAAUCGUGUUCUGUUAGAUACCGAGGAAGUUAAUGUGACUUUAAAUGUGAUGUGAUUACAGUAUUUUUGAAUUUUGAGCAUCUUCCCCUAAACAAUUUUGUCUUUAAUAUUACUUAAUGACGGCUCUAAUAAAAUUAUUAAAACAUCCUGCACAGUAAGUGAUACACACACA